AACGUUUACAAGUCCAACAAGCCUGCACUGAAGUACGGUGUCAACAUGGUUGAAAAGGCCGCACAGCCAAUGGUUACCAUCAUCGGUGAAACUAGGGAGGAAUGGAGACGUAAGAGGAGAUUGAGUAAAGCCAACGAGAUGUUCCCCGACGAGGCAAAGGUUGACAUACCACCAUCGUCCUCGCUGCUACCUUCUACAAAAAGGCAGAAGCUGCCCUCGAUAUCUGAGGCACUAUCACUGGGAAAUAGAAACUUGAACGAGCUGAGCUUCCAGAUGUCCAUCGAGUCCAAAAAGAGGCUCCAGGCCUGUCUUCAGCUGUUGAUGCUUGCAAACAAGCAACUGUCGACAAAAGUGGAACAUCUACAGCAUCUCUUGAAGGAACAGGAGCGCAUCGUUGAACACCGACGUCGCUCUGAGACAGAUGUCGUUAGAGACGAAGAUGGUGACGUUUACCACGAUGCCUCCGAGUCUAUCAGCACAACCGAUGAGAUCAAGCAUGAGAUCAUUGGCACAGUGAAGAAGAUCGUUUCCUUCAUCUCCAAGUACGGUGGUAACUCGCUUCCUGAACCAGCAAGAACAGACGUCCGUGAAGAGCUGCUCAAACUCCCCAACAGAUGGGCUUCACAGCAGACAACUAAUACGCUGAUAAACUACAAUACAAACGCAAAAGUGCUGGUCCUGGCCAACGACUCCUUGGACAUGGUGAGAUCCGUCAUGUCUGUGUUCCAUGAUACUCUAAGCAGAGCAGACCAUUGGAUCAAACAAAAGCAGGCAAAGCAGUUAGCCAAGCAAGCCAUGUGGAAUAGUUCAAUGAGGAGACGAGAAGCACAAGAACAGAUAAAGGAUAUGGAUCCCAAUGUUGUUUCUGACGAUACCGUUGGCUCUAAUAACACCACUCAGCCUCAUAAUACCGUUGAGAAUGGCUGAUCAUGCCAACGCCCUCCUGCUGUUCUACUGUUUCCUGUAAUGUGUUCAUGACUGUUCUAUCGAGAUUUACAUAA